GCAUAUUGUUUUGAGUUAACAAUGUUGUGUAUAUUUUCUCUUGAAAACAACUUGAUUAUUUUGCAUUAAAGCUAAGAAACAAAUCAGUAUUAAUGUAUCCCUGAAAUAAAAUCAAAAAUUCGUGUGAUAAGCCGGCGGAAUAGUUUUGUAUAAAAAUUAAAAUAUACUCCAAAAGAUAUAAAAAUAAAAAUUGAACUUUUAUCAUAUGCAUUUUUUAUUAUUUAGUAUGUUCGUAUAUACAUUUUGCACGAAAUUUUUCUAAAUCGGGAAAUAUGCCAAGACCCUCGAGGGAAUCAUAUGGCGACCAGAAACCUCCAUAUUCCUAUAUUUCAUUGACAGCUAUGGCAAUAUGGAGCUCACCAGAAAAAAUGUUACCAUUAAGUGAAAUUUACAAAUUUAUAACUGACCGAUUUCCGUACUAUCGUAGAAACACUCAAAGAUGGCAAAACUCUCUACGGCAUAAUCUAAGUUUUAAUGAUUGUUUCAUUAAAGUUCCUCGUAGACCAGAUAGACCUGGAAAGGGAGCCUACUGGGCUCUACAUCCACAAGCAUUUGAUAUGUUCGAAAACGGAAGUUUGCUCCGACGAAGAAAGAGAUUUAAGCUACACAAAAAUGACAAAGAUGUGUUAAACGACGACUUGGUAGCACUGGCUAAUUUGAACAGAUUAUUUUAUAGAAAUUCCAGUUUAAAGUGUAUUAACGAAAUUACUCCAUCAUUAGAUAAUGCAAUGUCUUCUCUAAUUACUGAGACACAUUUUUAUACGUCAAGAGUUCCAAUUAUGACCGUGGGAACACAACAACUUUCUUCACAUUCAUUGAAACCACAAGCAUCAGUAGGCAGUACAAUUAAUCACCAUCGACAUCUAUUGGCAGUGCCAUCGCCUGUUUCUGUAAAAAUGUAUCCCAGUUUGUCUUCACCAUACGAUUUCGACACAAACACAUUCCAGUAUAUCAAUUGCCGGCCAAAAAGAUCUUUUACAAUUGAGAGUCUUAUAACACCCGACGAAAGUAAAACUGCACAUAAACAUGAUGAAGCAUACAUAGAGAAAACAACCGACCACGCAGAUAAAAUUUUUAUGAAAAUGACUAAUAUUUCGGAAUCAAAAUCGAACCCUCCUUUACAAUUGCAAAUGUCAUCACCAAACUUAAUUAAGGACAACCCGAUCGAAACUGGCAUCAAAGAAGUGCCGGUUGCUCCUUUAUAUUCCCUUGCAGGUUCAUCAAAUGUUUUUAGUCCACCAUAUAAAAUUGGGGUUCAAAGUAAAUGCAGUCGAACAUCACAAUCCACUCCCACCCAUUCAUGUGAUGUAUCCAUGUCUCAUCCAAUGUUAAUGGUGCAAAACCCAGGGUGUAAUGUGGCGCUGAAUUACUUCUCAGAUACAAGGAAUCACGAUUAUAAAUCAAUAACUCAAGAUCAAAAAUGUACUUCAACACUGUAGAAAAUAUACGCAAAAAUAUUUAUUUAUGUACAUAGUUAAAUGAUAUAAAGCAAUAAUACAAUCGAAAAUAAAAAUAUAAA